CCUCUGAGUCAGGAAAUAGCGUCAUAGCCAGACAAUAAACACUGACUUAAUCAAGAUAGAAGCUGUUUAACGUAGAUAAACACAGUGUAAAAGUAGCUGAACAGUAAUCAGCAACAAGUGAUCAUUCAGAAUCUUUGUGUCAGAGGCAGAGGAACAGUUUGCAUUUGAGUGAACUCACCAGUUAUGGAUUCCAACAGACAAGGAAUUAUUUCUUUCUUACUUCUUGUUCAAGGUAGUCUUCUUCUUCAGCCAUCCCAGGCCUUUAAUGUUGAUGUGUUGGAUGCCAGAAGGUUGUCAGGCCCUUCAGAUGUUCAGUUUGGCACCUCCAUUCAACAGUACUCCAACUCUGAUGGGCAAUGGUUGCUGGUCGGGUCACCAUGGAGUGGUUCUCCUGACAAUCGCACAGGAGAUGUAUACAAAUGUCCUAUCAAUAGUGACAGUGCAACUUGCGAGAAACUCAACUUGGGAAAUAUAAUGACUAUUCCAAAUGUGACUGAGGACAAACAGGACAUGAAUGCUGGUUCCACACUGAUCAGAAAUGACAAAACUGGUGGAUUUUUGACUUGUGCUCCAUUAUGGGCACAGAAGUGUGGCACCAUGAAUUAUCCAAGAGGGUUGUGUGCAGAUAUAACUUCAAAUUUCAAAAUAUCAAACGCCUUUUCACCAGCUGUUCAACGUUGUGGAUCCUACAUGGAUCUUGUGAUAGUACUGGAUGGAUCCAACAGUAUCUGGCCUUGGGGACCAGUCCAAGAUUUCCUGAAAAAAUUAACAGGAAGUUUAGACAUUGGCCCUAAAAAAACACAGGUAUCUGUUGUACAAUAUGGUGAAGAUGCGAGAUUUGAAUUCAAGCUGAACACUUUCAAAACAACGGCUGAAGCUGAACAGUUUGCUGAAAACAUCAAACAAAAGCAAGGAAAAGAAACAAACACAGCUCAGGGAAUCAACUUUACAAGGGAAAAUGCAUUCUUACCUCAAAAUGGUGGAAGACCAAAAGCGACAAAGGUAAUGGUUGUUGUAACUGAUGGCGAAUCUCACGACAAGGCCAAGUUGCCAGAAGUAAUUCUUGAAUGUGAGAAAGAACACAUUGUUCGAUUUGGGAUUGCUGUUCUUGGAUAUUACAACAGAGAACAAAUAAACCCAGAAAACUUAAUCAAGGAAAUCAAGUCCAUUGCAAGUGAUCCAAAAGAGAAGCAUUUUUUUAAUGUAUCCUCGGAAGCUGCUUUAAUAGAAAUAGCUAGUACUCUCAAAGAACGUAUCAUUGGUAUUGAAGGGACAAGCAAUAAAAAUGAAGAUAACUUCCUACUGGAAAUGGCACAAGUUGGAUUCAGUGCACACUUUGUACCCAACCAGGAUGUGCUGAUGUUGGGAGCUGUAGGAGCUUAUGACUGGACAGGCACAACAGUCCAUAAAUCAUCUGACAAAAUUACUAUAUUUGAAAAGAAGGUUUUUCAAGAUAUUCUGCAAGAUAGAAACGACAGUUCAUACUUAGGUUACUCAGUGACAUCCUUGAUUACAAAUUACUCUGUGCUCUAUGUUGCUGGAGCACCACGUUUCCAACACACAGGACAAGUAGUUGUAUACACAGUCGGAUCAAAUGAUGAAGUGACAAUUAAGCAGACUGCAAAAGGAGAACAGCUUGGGUCCUAUUUUGGAAGUGUAUUGUGCUCUAUCGAUGUUAACAAAGAUUUGUUUACGGACGUACUAUUGGUUGGGUCACCUAUGUUUAUGGGUCAACACAAAAAUGAAGAAGGAAGAGUGUAUGUAUUUUCUGUCAAUCAGCAAGGUAGCCUGGAAAAGCGAGGCAUCUUAGAAGGGCCAGUUGAUGGUAAGAACACUCGAUUUGGAGCUGCUAUAGCUGCUGUUGCUGACAUCAAUCUGGAUGGCUACAAUGACGUUGCAGUUGGAGCCCCUGUAGAAGAUGAACAACAUGGAGUCGUAUACAUUUUUAACGGAGACCAAACAUCGAUCCUGUCAAAACAUACACAAAGAAUACAAGCCUCAAAGAUCAGCCGUCAAUUGCAAUAUUUUGGAUUAUCCAUUGAUGGGCAGAAGGAUUUGAAUGGUGAUACCAUCACAGACUUGUCAAUUGGAUCCAUUGGAAAUGUUGUGCAACUCUGGUCACGAAGCAUUGCAACUGUAAGGUUUACAGUGGUGUUUGAGCCAACCAAAUUGUCAAUUUUAAACAAAACUUGUCAGAUCAAUGGAAACCAGCUAAUUUGUGGCAAAGUCAAAAUAUGUUUCCAAGCAACAAUCAAACCAGAAAACUCAGUAUCAUCAAUCAAUAUUACGUACAAUGCAACGUUUGAUAUGAGUCUCAAGUCAUCUCAUGCUACUUCACGAGCAUUGUUUCAAGCAAACCAUAUGCGGGAAAUACAAAAUGACAUUUCAGUUGAUACACUGGAAAAAUGCAACACAUUUUACUUUUAUGUCAAUGAAAAAAUUGAUAUUGUGAACCCACUUAGUCUACGUUUAGACUUUGCUCCCAAAAAUACUGAAGUUGGUCCUAGCCUUGAUGCCUACACAACAAGGUCCAAGGAGUUUUUUAUUCCAUUUUCCAAAGACUGUGGUGAUGAUGAAGAAUGCAUAACAGACCUCACUAUUAAGGUUCACUCAAAUAUUCCAAAUAACAGUAACUACAUUGUUAGCAGCAAGAAACAGCAGAUGACAAUUAACGUAGAGACAGAGAACAAGAAGGAAAACGCAUUUAAUGCUAAAGUGAUAGUUCAUUUUUCUGAUAACAUCUUUUUUGCAUCAGCACCGAACACUGAGUGUAGUGAAGUAAACUCAACCUCAGUAUCCUGUGACAUUGGGAGUCCAUUUUUAAAAGGGGGAGAUAAGAUCUCUUUUGACAUCUACUUUGAUUUUAAUGUCAACAAGCCACAGAAAGAUACAUAUGUGAAAUUCCAUGCUAAAAGUGGAAGCAAUGAAAACCCAGAAACUGAAUUUGACAAUGAGGCAAACGUUAUCUUUACUGUGCAGUAUGAUAGUGAAAUUGUCUUCUCAGGAAUUAAUAACAAAAAUUUCUAUGAAAUAACUUCUAAAACAUCAGUUAACAAAACAAGACCUCCAUUAGAUCAAAUUAGUCCAGAAAAUGUUAUUACACUCACAGUCAAUACUGGACACUUCCCCAUACAGACUGCCUAUGUCAUGGUUGAAAUACCAGUAUCUACAAAAAAGAACAAUCGACUUUUAUACCUUACUGAUAUAAACCACAGCAACAAUAUCAUUUGUGAUGCAAAACUUGAUACUCUGGACAUCGCCGAUUAUCAUUCCACAACUUUUAAGACGGAGAGCUUCAGCAGUUUCAACGAUUUGAAUUGUGAAAAUGUCAAUUGUGAGAAAUUUUUAUGCAUUAUGAACAAUCUCAAAAUGAACAACCAAUACACAAUCAAAAUUGCUAUGAGGAUUUGGCUGAAGACAUUUAUAAAUGCUGACUUUCAAAGAAUAACACUAACUCCAUCAGCACAGAUUGAAACAAGGAAUCCAUUGUUCAUCAUCAAUGCCAAUAACGUGACAAUGCCAGUUGAAAUAUCAAAACCAAUGAAGAAAGAAGUUCCCAUCGGAGUGAUUGUGGGGAGUGCGAUAGGAGGACUAGUUGUACUUCUGGCAUUGACUGCUGUCUUGUGGAAACUUGGAUUCUUUAAAAGAAAAUACACCAAACUGCAAAAGGAUGAAGAGGACAAUGAAAACAAUGGUGACCAAGAUGCUGAAGAAGAAGAAUGAAUGAUAUUUGAAUCCACUGUGAAUUUUUACUUGUUCUGUUUAGCACUAUGUUUUUGCAGUGAACAGCUAAAGUAUCUGCUCACAAAAUUAUAUGAACUAUCAAUUCACGAUCGAAAGAGUUUGACAAUAUUAGAAAAAUAUUCAUGUUCCAUGCAUUCGUUGUUUACGUUUUAUGGGAGUGAAAUUUCUACUUUGAAAGGAAAAUAAAAUGCGCUUGUUUUUCUUUGUAAUUGACACACUAAACAAACCAUAGAGGUACAUGGCUUUAAAAUGUGGCAUUUCUAAGAUGGCAAGUUAAUUUGUGCAUUGUCAAUUAUGAAGGAAAAUGGACAAUUUUCCUGGGAAUUUCACCAUUAAUCCUUCAGAUUUUAAAAUAUAAUGUCACUGUUCCAGUUUUACAAAAUACGCUUGAUGUUUUAAGUGGGUGAUACCACGGUGAGUAAUCGACAGUCACUGAAUUUUGUUAUACAAUAUCCAUACUGUAAAAGAGAAAAAUAACAACAUUUACACCUCAAGAUAUUUUAAUUUCUAACUAGGAUCAGCAGCAACAAAUAAAGGGUAACUGUGCUGUGUGGUACUUUACUGACUAUCACUGAGAUACUGAGUACAAAUCUCUGCAUCGCAAAAAGAUUGCACUUUGAGAGUGAAUCUCAGAUAUAUGAUACAUGCAUGCAACACUUGUCCAAGUUUCUAAAGUGGUGGCCCAAGAUUCCUGCCAACAGCACAUUAGAAGUUAUCCCCACUGUCUUCACAUGUACAAUGACCAAGUAUAAAUACUGGAUCUGAUCAAAAACAGUACCAUAACAUGGGCCCAGUAGUUACACACAAUAUGAUACCAAAUUACAAAUAUGGAAAGCUAAUUCCAGAUUUAAACUUGCAUUGCAAUUCAAAGCAUUUAAUGUUGUCAGACUGCAGUGACAUACUAUUAAACUUUACACUUUACACCCACUUCUCUGCACUGUAUCGUAUGUUUUGAUAUUUCAAAUUUGAUCAGAGCAGGAAUUCAUCUGAAAGUUAUGACAUACUCUAAGCUCAAAGUGGGUUUCUAACAACAAUAAUAAAAACCCACUGUGUGAUGGACUUAAUUUAUAAAAGCUAUUGUCAUGGAGGGGUUAUGUUCAAUGGUACUAAUUAUGUAAAUAAAACUUUCCUAAUUUCUUUUGCACAAUAUUUGUUAAGGAUUGUUUUUGUACAAUUUAUCUUUGGGAUUAGGUAGGAAUCAUAAGAAAUUUUUUUGACAAGAAAAAAGAUUUCUCAAGUCUGGUACUGUUUUAAAUAAUGUGAUUAGCAGUUUAUGUUUCAUGUGGAUUAACAUUUCUGCCUCCAAUAUGAGAUUGUAUUUUUUAUUGCUUUUGAACAGUGUAAAAACUGCCAAAAACAAAACCUGCUGAAAAUUAAGUAUAUUGAUCAUUCUGGUAGUUUGAAUCCUUACAUAAAAGUCAGCUAUGGUGCACUGGUGGGGACUUUGCUAUUUGCACUGGUACGUUUUUAUACAUAGAAUUAUUUGAGUUUUCUUGUAUUAAGUUUUCAAUUAAUAUUUAUUGGGUUAUUUUUGCCUCAACUUUACAUUUGUGGCUUUCAUCGUGAAAUGAAAAUCUAAAUGAUUUUCCCAUUAUGCAUUAACUCCUUUUUAUAUAAAUUGCUGUAGCUCCUGUGACUACCAGACUUUAAUAAAAAAAACAA